AUGGCAGCUACCAACAAUUUUAGUGAGAAGAACGUUGUAUCAGAGGGCGGCAGGCAGGCACUGAACGUGGUGUACCGAGGUGUGUUGGGGCCAGAGGGGCUGCAAGUGGCAGUGAAGCGGUUCCAGAAGAAGGAAUGGGAGGACGCUCAGCAGUUCGCGGCAGACGCGACAGCAGUGGGCAGCAUUCGCUACCCAGGUCUCACAUCCCUGCUGGGUUUCUGCUGUGAGGGCGAGCACAGACUGCUCGUGUCUGACUUCAUGCCCAACUGCACGCUCGCCCAACACCUCUUCCACUGGGAGCAGCGCCCCAUGACCUGGCUAGCACGGCUGGCAGUGGCCAUGCGUGUGGCUCAAGCGUUGGAGCAUCUGGGGCGGGAGAAGGGAAUGCCUGUGUAUCAUGAUCUUAACCCGUACAAAGUGCUGCUGGAUAAGGACAACCAACCCAAGCUCUCAUGCUUCGGCCUCAUCAAGCCUCUUAAGGACGGUCGCUACAGCUCCAAUCUGGAUUAUCUACCCCCUGAGCAACUGUUACACGGGAGGGUGACAGCAGAGAGCGUGGUGUACAGCUUCGGACUCAUCCUCCUGGCUCUCUUUAGUGGCAAGAGUAUUCGCCCCACACAGUUUCUAGAGAUGGUGGAGGAGAAGCAGGAUCUAUCCCUCCUGCUCGACAGCAACCUCCUCUCCCACGCACCGAGCGUUGAAUUCGCCCUUGAGCUCGUGCCGCUGAUUGCCGAGUGCCUCAAGAAGGACCCGGUAGAUCGCCCCCCCAUGGACAGCAUUGCCGAGUUCCUUGGGAUUCUGGAUGACCGCAGCAGGGGCAUUGGCAAUUCACUCGGCCUUGCGGGAGAGGGAGAGGAGAGGGAGGGGGGAGGCGCUCCUGCUGCUGCAGCAGCGUCGCCGUUGGCCCGUGCAGCCAUGGAAGGGGACUGGGAGGUGCUGCAUCGGAGGCUGGUCACAGUGUCGUUCACUCCGCCUCAAGAGCCAUCGUUUGAGGUGUGGAAUGCUGAAAUACAGGAUUUGGUGUCGUCGAGGCAGAGGGGAGACAAGGCGUUCAAGAGCCAGCAGUGGGAGGAGGCGAUUGCUCUCUACACCAAGUUCCUCAAGUGUGACUCUCCCCCUAUCCCCGUGCUGUUUGCACGGCGUUGCUUGUCCCAUCUGCAACUGGGGCACUGGGAAGAAGCCUACCAGGACGCCCUACAGGCCCAGCAGUCCAAACCCCCGUGGCCCGAGGCAACUUACUUAGUAGCCGCUGCACUGAUUCGAUUGGGAAGGGUUGACGAGGGACAGGAGAUGAUUGCUGCGGCGGGCAGACUAGAGAACAAGGUUUAA